AUGGCGCCCUUCGCUAAACAAGCGUUGCGCUGCGGCUGUGGAUGGAGACGGCUGGCGAGCGCAGCAAGCCCCGCGCUGCACCCGGCACCGGGCCAAGCUGGCCGGGCUCUUCAGCAGCCUGCGGGAGGCUGUUCUGUCGCAAGCAGACGCCUCGGCCUCAAAGAGUCCUUCAGCCUGGAGGAUGGGAGCCCAUCCAGCUUGGAGGAAGUCAGGGAGGAAUAUGUCAAGAGGCACUUCAGCAAUCACAGCAGUGCCUCACCCUUAGAAACUGUGAGUGAGAGUAGCUCUACAGUCUGGUGUUUGAGUGAAGAAUAUGAAAAAAACACAACAGAGGAUGAUGUGAACGUGGGAGUUAUCCAGUCCCCACCUACUUCAUCUCCUGAUCUGCUGGAAUUUGAGCAAUACCUGUGCUUUUAUAAGCACACAGUGGACCUGCUGAUAGAGCAUGGAGUAGUUUGCACCGAAGAGGUGCUUCUUCCUGUAGUCUCCACAGCCAUUUCCCACCUCUGGCAGGAGCUUUCCGAAGAAAGCAGAGAGUGCAUCUUGCAGUACUGUAGACAGAGAGCCUUCCUCCUGGAUCCCAAGGUUCCCUGCCAAGAGCCUGCCUGUGCUGAAGGCAGCCAGAGGGACAGCCGAGGUAACAGUGAGGAAGCCAGUGGUUCCCUGGUCUCCACGCAGGAGGAAGUAAUGUUUGAAGAUGCAUUUGAUGUUGCUUCUGGUUUCCUUGACAGAAAUGAGACUCAGGGAAUGUCUAGUCAGAGCUCAGCAUUUGGAAGCUGCACUUCUGAAAAUCCAGAGGAUCACCACAGACUCUAUCUGCAGAUCAUUGACUUCCUCAAAAGCCUUUUCUUUGCUAAUACGCAGUUUUGCCAGGAAGAAGCUCUUCCGUUCGACUAUGAGACCGUGAUGCUGAGGUGCACCGAGACCUUUGAUGAUGAAGAUUUGUAGAUGGUAUCUGUUUGCUGAUGUUUUGCUGAGCAUUGCUGGGUGCACGAGAUAUGCGAAGGGACUG